GCCAAGCAAUAUCUCUGGAUUUCCCUUUCACCUUACCAAUAAAGAUCAGCAUUGAGGUUCUCUUCUCACCUUCAAAUUUGUAGCCUUUCACCUAACAAUAACAACCACUAAACAUUUCUCCCCCCACAAUAUAUACAUCCCACGCCUCUCCCUACAGCUCAAACUCUUCCUCAUCACAAUUAGCAAACAGUAAGUUUGAACACACUCAAGAUUUGAAAUAUCCUACAACGAUGAGAAAGCAACUUCUCUCCCCAUUCGUUCCUUUCUUGAUGUUCUUCCUCUACAGCUCCACCACUUUUGCUCAAACCCCAUCUCCAGCACCUUCAGGUCCAACCAACAUAACGGCGAUCCUUGCGAAAGCUGGUCAGUUCACAACCUUAAUUCGGUUGUUGAAAAGCACCCAAGAGGCUGACCAAAUCAACACACAACUCAACAAUUCAAACCAAGGCCUAACAGUCUUUGCACCAACUGAUAAUUCCUUUGCUAACCUCAAAGCAGGUACACUGAAUUCGCUCAGCGACCAACAAAAGGUCCAAUUGGUGCAAUUUCACAUCCUUCCAAAUUUCCUUUCCAUGUCAAACUUCCAAACUGUCAGCAAUCCCUUGCGCACUCAAGCCGGAAAUAGUGCUGAUGGCGAGUUCCCGCUCAAUGUGACAACAUCGGGGAAUCAAGUGAACAUAACAACAGGGGUUAAUACUGCAACCGUGGCAAACACUAUAUACACCGAUGGCCAGUUAGUUGUGUAUCAGGUGGAUCAGGUCCUUCUGCCGUUGGAUCUUUUUGGUACAGCACCAGCACCAGCUCCUGCACCUUCAAAGCCCGAGAAAGAUGUUCCAGCAAAAGCUCCUGCAGGGUCCAAGGAAGAUGCAUCUGUUGAUAGUUCAGGUGCAUCCAUUGCAACAGUAUCCUUCGGUGUUGUGCUGAUCGCAGCAAUUUCAUUGAAGCUAUGAGUUUUUGUUUUUGGACAUUGUUGAGGAGUUAUUGUUUUAUCGUUCUGUUGUGGUUUGAACUGAGUUGGAUUAUUCUUUGGUUACUCUGCCUCUCCUCUUAAUGUAAUGUACCAUGAUUGACUGA